UCGGUCGACGCGCACUUAAUCCCGGAACUAGCCGUUGUCCCUGCCCCGAUUUCAAACGGCCACUUCUCUCUCUCUCUCUUCUAUUAUUCGUCGAUUGAUCGCGAACAAAAUACCUUUGAUCUCUCUCUUUUUCUUGUUAUCAUCGCCGCUCGGAAGCCUGUGGUUCGGAUCCGGUGUUGAGCAGCGGCGAACGAGGUGGACGGACGGACCCAUACCAAGGGUGUUCUGCUGCAGAGGGUAUCGUUUCCUUUCACUCGCGUCGGCUAUUAGUCUCCGCGAUCUCGCCGUCCACGAGCCGCGGGUUGGAACGGCGCGGCGGCAUCGAAUUUUGGGAGAAGGUUCUUCUCAACCUUCUAUAAAGGCAAACAUUUACAAUAGCCCAACUGGUUAUUUACAAUGAUGGCAUCAGCUCGGCCACCUAGUACACCAGCCUCAAAGAUUGAAAAGGUGCCAAUCUGUACUCCUGGAGGUUCAAAAGUAAAAGAAGAGAAGAUUUUUGUCACUGUACGUGUUAGGCCUCUGAGUAAAAAGGAGCUAUCACUUAAAGACCAGGAAGCAUGGGAAUGCGUUGAUGAUAACAAAGUUGUGUUCAAGGUGUCAGCUCAGGAUCGCUCCAAUUUACCAACUUCAUAUACCUUUGACAGGGUUUUUGGACCUGCCUGUUUAACUGACACAGUCUAUGAAGAAGGAGCUAAGGAUGUUGCAUUGUCAGCACUAACAGGAAUUAAUGCUACAAUCUUUGCUUAUGGGCAGACUAGCAGUGGAAAAACAUAUACCAUGAGAGGGAUAGCUGAAAAUGCUGUUAAUGACAUUUACAAGCACAUACAUAAUACACCAGAGAGGGACUUUACUGUCAAAAUUUCGGCUAUGGAGAUAUAUAAUGAGAUAGUGAGGGAUCUUCUUAAGCCAGAUUCUGGUCCCCUUCGCUUGCUAGAUGAUCCUGAGAGAGGAACUAUUGUUGAUAAGUUGGAGGAAGAAACAGCAAAAGAUAGUCAGCAUUUGAGACAUCUAAUUGGAAUAUGUGAAGCACAAAGGCAAGUUGGUGAAACUGCCUUGAAUGAUGCAAGUUCCAGGUCACACCAGAUAAUAAGGCUGACAGUGGAAAGUGUUAUGCGUGAGAAUUCAGACUGUGUUAAGUCUUUUGUCGCAAACUUGAAUUUUGUGGACCUUGCAGGAAGUGAGAGAGCCGGGCAAACCCACGCAAGUGGUGCUAGGCUCAAGGAAGGGUGUCAUAUAAAUCGUAGCCUGUUGAAUCUUACAACAGUUAUCAGAACCUUGAGUCAAGGGAAAAGAGGCGCACAUAUUCCAUAUAGAAAUUCAAAGCUGACGCGUAUAUUGCAGAGCUCUCUAGGAGGUAAUGCAAGGACUGCUAUAAUUUGCACUAUGAGUCCAGCACUAGGUCAUGUGGAACAAUCUCGAAAUACAUUAUUUUUCGCAACUUGUGCUAAGGAAGUGACGAACACGGCACAAGUGAAUGUGGUUGUUUCCGAAAAACAGUUGGUUAAACAGCUGCAGAAGGAAGUCGCGAGACUUGAAGCAGAAUUGCGCACACCAGAAGCUUCCGCAAGCUCAGACGCUCUUUUGAUUGAGAAAGAGUUGCAAAUUAAGCAGAUGGAAAUGGAAAUGAAAACACUGAAAAGAGAAAGGGACCUUGCCCAAUCCCAAUUGAAUGAAUUGCGUCGGAAAAUGAGUAAUUGUCAGGGUUUGAAUCCAUUUGAUUCAUCACCCCGUCGAGUAGUAAAAUCUCUCACCUUUUCUGGAUUGUCACCAAAUGCAAGCGACAAAAGUCACAGGAAGGCAGAACGGACAAGGAACCCAAUGAGGCAAUCAUCAACUAUCCCAUCCAUGCUUGUUCAUGAAAUUCGAAAACUUGAGCAGUUACAAGAGCAGCUUGGAGAGGAGGCUAAUAGAGCUCUAGAGGUUUUGCAGAAAGAGGUGGCUUGUCAUAGGCUAGGUAACCAAGAUGCUGCUGAAACUAUUGCCAAACUUCAAGUAGAAAUUCGAGAAAUGCGUGCCUUUAAGUCUCCAAGUAAAGAGGUUGGCACUUGCAGCAUGGAUACCAACCAGAAUGGUGGAGCAAACCUUAAAGAAGAAAUUACAAGACUCCACACACAGGGCAGUUCCAUUGCCAGUCUUGAGGAGAAAUUAGAAAAUGUCCAGAAGUCUUUAGACAAGUUGGUGAUGUCCCUUCCCAGCAAUAAUCAGUUUGAUGAUGCAACUCCAAAAACUUUAAAGUCUCAAAUCAAAAAGAAGAAGAUGCUUCCUUUGACCAUGAGUAGCAAUGUUAACCGACCUCAUCUUAUAAGAGCACCAUGCUCUCCUUUGUCAGCCUCCCGGCAGGUAUUGGAAUCUGAAGUGGAGAACAGGGUCCCGGAAACUGACACUGAAUUCCACGAGAACAUUUCAGUUUCAGAGAAAGCUACUCCAUCGAAGAGUGAAGAUGGAGGAGAUAUCUCAUCAAGGGAUGGUACGCCACGCUAUCAUCGUUCCAGUUCUGUAAACAUGAAAAAGAUGCAACAAAUGUUCCAGAAUGCUGCAGAAGAAAAUGUGAGGAGCAUAAGAGCAUAUGUCACAGAACUAAAAGAACGAGUUGCUAAGCUUCAGUAUCAAAAACAGCUUCUGGUUUGCCAGGUGUUGGAACUCGAAGCAAACGAGUCUGCUGGAUUUGAUGCGGCGGAGAGUGAUGAUAAUAUGUCAGAUCUAGAGAAAUCCCCUGAUGCAUGGAAGCUCAGAUUCGAGGAGCAAAUGCGUCAGAUUAUUAUUUUAUGGGAUAUUUGCCAUGUAUCAAUAAUACACCGCACCCAAUUUUAUUUGCUAUUCAGAGGUGACACAGCUGAUCAGAUAUACAUUGAAGUAGAGGUUAGAAGAUUGAUAUGGCUGGAACAACAUUUUGCUGAAGUUGGUAAUGCAAGUCCUGCUCAAUUGGGGGAUGACUCCAUAAUUUCUCUAUCGUCAAGUAUUAAAGCCUUGAGACAUGAAAGAGAGUUCCUUGCAAAGAGGAUGCAAUCAAGAUUGACCGAGGAUGAGCGACAGCGGUUGUACAUCAAGUGGCAAGUGCCCCUUGAUGGGAAGCAGAGGAAGCUUCAGCUGGUGAACAAGCUGUGGACGGAUCCGAAUGAUAUAGCCCACACUGAAGCAAGUGCUGAUAUAGUGGCUCGGCUGGUAGGUUUCUGCGAGGGAGGAAGCAUGACCAAGGAGAUGUUUGAACUCAAUUUUGCACUACCCUCGUGCAAGAAGCCAUGGCUUCUUGCAUGGCAGCCUAUAUCAAACUUGCUAAGGCUAUGAUUUGGAGCAUCUCAAAAAUGUAGCUACUCCAUCAGGUCAUCCUCAUGCUAUAUAAAAGUAGAAGUGAGUGUUAUCUGGAAUGGUAUCGGCUAACACAGUGCACAUGCUGGCGGGACAAACUGAGGACGUAGUCAUUCCCAAAAAUAUAGGAAUUCAAUUGAAUUCGAAGGUAACUAGAGUGAAGUUUCUCUGUAUAUAAAUGGUGCAGUUGAAUGCUCAUUUUUGCUCAUGGAGAAACAUUUAAA